UUAUCUGCUGUUGUGCAAUGCAAGUUGUCAAAAACAUGACGUUUAAGGAAAUGAAUUCCUUCGUUUGAUGUUUAUUAACAGCAUAAUGGCACUAUAUUAAAUAUUAUUAUAUUUUUGCUACGUUUUAUGUACAUACUUUAAAAUGUCUAUUACAAGAUAAAAGUAUUUUUAUUUAUAUUUUUAUAUGAAAAUAAUCUUGAGAUUCAAUAAUCAUGGAAUCUGAAAGUAACGAUUCAUCAAAUGUUAUUCGUUUUCCACCAGAAGUACAGGAAGUGAUUGAUAAGGUUCUUCCUAGUGCUGAUCCAUUAGAUUCCCCGGAUUUUAAUUGUGUGGACUACAUAAACUCAUUAUUUCCAACUGAACAAUCAUUAUCAAAUAUUGAUGAUGUUAUAUGCAAAAUGGAAUACAAAAUCAGUUGUAUUGAUGAUGACAUAAGAAAUGUAGUUCGUGGACAAACUAACGUUGGUCAAGAUGGGCGUACAGCAUUAGAAGAAGCACAGAAAGUUAUAAGAGAAUUAUUUGUACACAUCAAAGAUAUAAAGAUGAAGGCUGAAAGGAGUGAAGAAAUGGUGCGAGAGAUAACACGGGAUAUUAAGCAGUUAGAUUGUGCAAAAAAGAAUCUUACUCUAGCAAUAACUACUUUAAAUCAUCUUCACAUGCUUGUUGGAGGAAUUGAUAAUCUGAAGCUGCUCACUCAGAAAAGAUUAUAUGGUGAAAUUGUGAUGCCGCUUCAAGCUAUCUUAGAAGUAAUGCAGCAUUUUAGUGAUUAUAUGGAUAUUCCCCAAAUAAAGGAAUUAGCAGAUGAAGUGUCUAAGGUACAAGCACAAUUAUCAACACAAAUCACGUCGGAUUUCCAUGAAGCGUUUUCAGGACCAAAUGCUAAAAGUUUUAUUCCAAACAAACAACUUGCUGAUGCUUGUUUAGUAGUUUCUAUACUAGAACCUAGAGUUAAAAAGGACAUUUUAAAAUGGUUUAUAGGUCUGCAAUUGCAGGAGUACUUACACUUAUUUCAUGAAAAUCAGGACACAGCUUGGCUUGAUAAGAUUGAUAAAAGAUAUGUUUGGCUGAAGAGACAUUUACUUGAAUUUGAGAAUAAAUUUGGUUUAAUGUUUCCAAUAAAUUGGGAAGUUUCGGAAAGAAUAACUGUUCAAUUUUGUCAAGUAACUAGAGAUGAACUUUCAAAACUAAUGGCUAAACGGAAGCAUGAAAUAGAUGUUAAGUUACUUUUGUAUGCAAUACAGAAAACAUCAAAUUUCGAAAGUUUACUUUCAAGGAGAUUUACAGGUAUUACAUUAGAAGACAGACAAGAUGGAUCAAAAUUACCUAAUGAGAUUGUAACAAGCAUUCCACUUGAUGAACAUGAUUUUGAAUCCCAACCUGAUGAGCAAUCAUUAAUUGAUCCAUCAGAUGCUAAAAAUAAUGUAGUCGACUCUCCAUUUAAUGGAUUAAUUGGCAUAUGUUUCAUACCUUACUUAUACAUUUAUAUUGAGAGUAUUGACCGAAAUUUAGCAGACUAUUUAGACAGAUUUAUUCAAGAUUCUAAAACAUUUAUGAGUUCCAAUACAAGUACUACUUUUAAUGUUGUUUUGCCUAGUUGUGCAGAUUUAUUUAUGUUCUAUAAAAAGUGCUUAGUUCAGUGCACUCAAUUAAGCAGAGGUCAAUCGAUGGUGAACCUAUCAGAAGUAUUUAAGAAAUAUCUUAGAGAAUACGCGCUGAAAAUUUUGCAAAACAAUUUACCAAAAUUAGUAUCCACAACUCAGUCCUUAGGUACAAGUAUGUCGUCAAUCACAAGAGACAUACAAAAUUUAAAUACCUCAGGAAUCAUUCAAAAUUUUCAUAGUUUACUGAAGGAAGGUGAAAUACCUAGAUUUACUAAAGAGGAAUUGGCAAAGAUCUGUUGUAUUUUAACUACAGCCGAGUACUGUCUAGAAACUACGCAGCAACUAGAGGAUAAAUUAAAAGAAAAAAUAGAGCCUGCUUUGCAAGAUAAAAUCAAUCUAUCACAAGAGCAUGAUAUGUUUCAUACUGUAAUAUCGAAUUGUAUUCAAUUAUUAGUGCAGGACUUAGAAAUAUCUUGUGAACCAGCCCUCACAACAAUGAUUAAGAUGCAAUGGCAAACAGUUAAGAAUGUUGGAGAUCAGAGUGCUUAUGUUAAUGUCAUAACAUCUUAUCUCAAACAAAAUAUUCCUAUCAUUAGAGACUAUUUAUCUUCUUCUCGUAAAUAUUUUACGCAAUUUUGUGUAAAGUUUGUGAAUUCAUUCAUUCCAAAAUUCAUACAACAUAUUUAUAAGUGCCGUCCUAUUGGAAUCUCUACAGAUAAUACAAGUAACACUGUAGGGUGUGAGCAGCUAUUAUUAGAUACUCAUAGUUUAAAAACUGUUCUACUAGACUUGCCUUCUCUUGGUUCCCAAGUAAACAGAAAAGCACCAGCAAGCUACACUAAAGUUGUUGUCAAAGGGAUGACUAAAGCUGAAAUGAUACUAAAAGUUGUUAUGGCUCCCAUAACUCCUCCACAAAGUUUCACAGAACAAUUCUUAAAAUUGCUACCAGAAUGUCACAUAUCAGAAUUUCAUAAGGUAUUAGAUAUGAAGGGAUUAAAACGCAAUGAACAAACUACUUUGGUUGAGAUAUUUAAAAGUCAAGCUCCCAGCUUAAUAGUUACUGAUGAUGAAAGUCAAUGUUCACAUGAUAGUCCCGAUCAUGAUACAGGUAGAAUUAGAAAAUUGGAAAAACUUAUCAAAAAGCGUUUACCAAAUUGAUAAAAUGAAAUAUAGAAAAAUUUAUUUAUUAUUUUUAUAAAGACAUGGAAUUUGAACAAGAUUUAAAUAGAUAUAUUACAAUAAUUAUUUAUUUUCUCAAUAGCAUGUACAACA